AUGUCUUCUUCCAAUGCGGAUCUGCACGCGACCGUCACGAAGCGGUUUACUUUUUGGUUUGACCGCGAGUUUCGUUAUAAUCUCCCGGAUGAGGGGCUUGUGGUGCAGACGGCGCGCGGCGAGAUCCUCCUGUCCAAAUUGAGCCCAGUGGAGGACACGAAGGGCAACAACGGUGAGGAGGGAGUGCUUUACGUGACAAAUCUGCGAUGCAUGUGGCAAAGCAAAGCGAAUCCGCACAAGAAUCUCAGCGUCGGCUACUAUGGCAUCCAGGGCAUCGAGGUGAGGGAGGCAAAUUCGCGGCUACGUGGCACCACGGAGGUACUUUACAUCACCUCGAGAUUUGGUUCGAGUCGUUAUGAGUUUGUCUUCACGCAGUUGAUGCGGACGAAUUGCCAACUUUUUAUUGUCCCAACCGUCUGGCGGGCAUACGAGUCGAGCCGUGCGUACCGUGAGUUGCGUAUGCGCAGUUCGUUGGUGCGCGAUGGGGACGUCAUUCUUCUUCCUGGCGAGCAACUCUUCACGCGAUUGGAGGGCGUGACGAAUGUGAGUGAAGAUAAGGGAAUCAUCGGGGUUUUCUUCACGACGAAUGUGCGCAUUGUCUGGUUUGCCCAACACGCACCUCAUAUUAAUAUUUCGGUUCCGAUAUUGCAGCUGACGGCGCUUCGUAUGCGGCCGACCAAAUAUGGCGCGGCGAUUUUGUUAGAGACAUCGUCGUACGCUGGGAGCUGUCUGAUUGGCUUUCGUGUGGAUCCUUUGGACCGACUGCGGGGGUUGUUUCGUGAAUGCGUGUCACUGUGGAAGGCAUGGUCCGCGCGCCCCGUUCUUGGCAUUGCCGUCACGCUGGAGGAUGCCCCGCCUAGAGAGGAGGGGGACGCCAACAUGAAACAUAUCAGCGAUGAUGGGGGUGAUGGGCCAUUCUCGCUGCUUUCGCCACAGCAUCGCAAACUGGACGGUGAGAAUGUCGUGACGCAGGUGGAAACGGAUGCCUUCGCCGCUUAUUACGCGGAUGUGGGACAAAAGGGGACGGAUCGCCGUCCCGAGUAUGAUGCCUCUAUUGGCCUUGCCGUUGAGAGGCUCCGCACGGGCGUGACACUACGGGAAUUAUGGACGGUGGUGACAUGA